AGAUAUGGCCAUCGCUCUGGACUGGCUUCUCCUGAUUACCCUGGCCAGUGGAUCCCUGGCACUGUGGUCUCCUCAGUUGGUGCCUCCAACUGUUGGUCUGUUGGCGCCGGGCCCGCCAGCUACCUUGGCUCCACCACCCACUCUAUCCCAGGAUCUGGAAGAAAUCCAGCGUCUGAUACAGUCGAAGCCAUUAAACCAGCUCUUGGUGCGCUACCUAAUCAACGAUGCCCAGUUCCAGGCCUUCGUGCGGAUUAUCAACAGCAAUGCCGCAGUCACUGCCCGCUGGCGUCUGCUCUCGCAGCCGGAGCUCAUUCUCUUUCUGCAGUGGACGGACCAGCAGCUCCUGGCCUCGGGCGGUUCCUUUGAGUUGGAGGAGCAGAGGCUCAAAGUGAGUCUAUUGAACCAGUUUCCCUACUGGUCCGGCACCGUUUUCGGCUGGCAAGGAUUUCUAAACGAAGUUCAGCUCUACUUUCCACUGUAUGCCAUCCGAGCCCACAUCGAUGCCAAGGUGUUGCAGCAGGGAAUUUUCGCCCAGUUCUGGUCGAGAUUACAGGGGUUGCGAGUCAUGUAUGAACGUUGGCUGACUACAGUGGAAACUACACAGGUUCUGGCUGAACUUCAGAAGGCGGGCAUUGAUACCGUGCAAUUGGAUGGCAUCAUCCGAGAGCUCCUCGGCUGGAAUGCUGUGAAUGGUACGGUAGAAGCCUCCACUGGUGGAACUCCCGCUGCACCUACCGCGAUUCCGGGUGCAGUUUUGCCCCCAGUUAACACUGUUAGUGUGGUUGUCUAGGCUGCCAUAGCACAGUGAUGGGGAGUCACCCAUUCCUAGGAAGGAUUCAACAUAUAACAACUUACCAAUUACGUAAGAUAAAGCGCACUCGUAUGGUAAGAGUUGCACAAUAUUUGUAAAAAUAAAUUGGGGAUCAACUGUU